AUGGCCGCCCCUUCAAAGCGAGCCAGCCCGGCGCCAGUAUUGGUUCCCCGCGGUGCCAAGGUUCUAGAGGGCAAAUACAUCGUUAAGAUGAAGACAGAAGCUCAGCUUUCGGCAGUUGAAUCUGCUCUUUCUGGUGUCAGCGCUGGCGCAGACCACAGAUAUUCCCACAGCUUCACUGGCUUUGCUGCUUCCCUGACACCCGGGGAGCUUGAAGCCUUGCAGAACGAUCCUAAUGUCGAGUUCAUUGAGCAAGAUGCUACUGUCAGCACCAAGGGAAUCAUUACUGAGAACAGUGCCGACUGGGGCCUGUCUCGUAUUUCCAACAAAGAGCCCGAUACCACCAAGUACUCUUAUGACUCUAGUGCCGGAGACGGCACUUGUGCGUUUGUAAUAGACACUGGAAUCGACAUUCACCACCCUGAAUUCGAAGGCCGAGCAAAGUGGCUAGAGAACUUCGUUGGCGACGGCCAAGAUGCAGAUUUGUUUGGACACGGUACUCACGUCUCUGGCAUCAUUGCCGGCAAGACAUUCGGAGUCGCCAAAAAAGCCAAUCUUUUCGCCGUCAAAGUCCUCGAUGCAACUGGCCAGGGCAACAACUCUGUAAUUAUUGCUGGCAUGGACUACGUCGCCAAGAACGCAAGCAGCCAGCAUUGCCCCAAGGGCAUUGUUGUCAACAUGUCUCUGGGCGGCAUCAAAACUGAUGCCGUUAACUCAGCCGCUCUUUCUAUAACAAAUGCUGGGCUCUUUCUCGCUGCAGCUGCCGGCAACGAUGCCCUCGAUGCCGCUGAUUUUUCGCCUGCCUGUGUGCCUUCAGUUUGCACAGUUGGCGCCACUGACAGGAACGAUUCUUUCGCUCUCUACUCUAAUAGAGGCUCAGCUGUUGAUGUCCUUGCUCCCGGGACAAAUAUCACAUCAGCUUGGCCUGGUAAUCUUACCAAGAUUAUGUCUGGUACCUCAAUGGCCGCUCCCCACGUAGCUGGUCUAGGUGCCUAUCUUCUUGGCCUGGGCCAGAAGAUUGGCGGCCUCUGUGGUACAAUCUCUUCUUCUGCUCUCAAAGGUGCUAUCAAAGAUGUGCCUCAGAGCACUGUCAACUUGCUUGUCCAGAACGGCGUUUAG